GGGGGUUGAAUGUAAGAUGGCGCCCAGGGAGCUGUGAGGGGAAAAGACUCGGGGCCGAGGCGGCGGCGGCGACAGGGCCGGGAACGUUACAAGUCUAAGAGCUCAGGACAAGAGCAGCAGAAAUACAUGCAACAUGGUGACUGGAACCCUGAGGACCUUGCAAUAUGAAUAAUUCUCUGGAGAACACCAUUUCCUUUGAAGAAUACAUCCGUGUGAAGGCACGAACGAUCCCCCAGCACAGGAUGAAGGAGUUUCUAGACUCCCUUGCUUCCAAGGGGCCAGAAGCUCUGCAGGAGUUCCAACAGACAGCCACCACCACAAUGGUGUAUCAGCAGGCUGGCAACUGCAUUUACACGGACAGCACAGAGGUGGCUGGGUCUUUGCUUGAACUUGCUUGUCCUGUGACAACCAGUAUCCAGCAACAAACUCAGCCAGAGCAGCAGAUACAGGUGCAGCAACCCCAGCAAGUGCAGGUUCAGGUGCAGGUCCAGCAGUCACCGCAGCAGGUCUCCGCCCAGCAGCUCUCUCCACAGCUCUCUGUCCAUCAGGCUUCAGAGCAGCCCAUACAGGUGCAGGUGCAGAUCCAGGGCCAGGCACAGCAGCAGGCAUCCCAGACAAUACAGAGUCAGUCUCUUCAGAGCCCCAGCCCGUCGCAGCUGCAGGCAGCCCAGAUCCAAGUGCAGCAUGUGCAGACUGCCCAGCAGAUCCAGGCUGCAGAGCUGCAGGAGGAGCACAUACAGCACCAGCAGAUCCAGGCCCAGCUUGUGGCAGGACAGGCCAUUACUGGUGGCCAGCAGAUCCAGAUCCAGACAGUUGGGGCACUGUCACCCCCACCUUCUCAACAAGGCUCCCCACGCGAGGGAGAGAGGCGGAUCAGCUCUGCGAGCGUCCUUCAGCCGGUGAAGAAGCGCAAAGUGGAUAUGCCUAUUACUGUGUCCUAUGCUAUUUCAGGGCAGCCAGUUGCCACAGUGCUGGCCAUUCCUCAGGGCCAGCAGCAAAGUUAUGUCUCUUUAAGGCCAGACUUGUUAACAGUGGACAGUGCCCACCUGUACAGUGCCACUGGGACCAUUACUAGCCCCACUGGAGAGACGUGGACCAUCCCUGUUUACUCUGCUCAGCCACGUGGUGACCUUCAGCAGCAAAACAUAACCCACAUUGCCAUCCCUCAGGAGGCCUACAACGCCGUCCACGUCAGUGGCUCCCCCACAACUCUGGCUACAGUGAAGCUGGAAGAUGACAAGGAUAAGAUGGUGGGAAGUACUUCAGUAGUGAAGAACUCUCAUGAGGAAGUGGUGCAGACUCUUGCUAAUUCGAUCUUUCCAGCACAGUUUAUGAAUGGCAACAUCCACAUUCCAGUGGCAGUGCAGGCUGUGGCAGGGACAUACCAGAAUACAGCACAGACAGUGCACAUAUGGGACCCACAGCAGCAACAGCAGCAGCCCACACCACAAGAGCAGGGGCAGCAGCAGCAGCUACAAGUCACUUGCUCAGCUCAAACCGUUCAGGUUGCUGAAGUUGAACCACAGCCGCAGCCACAGACUUCACCUGAACUUCUACUUCCAAACUCUCUGAAGCCAGAAGAAGGUCUUGAAGUGUGGAAAAGCUGGGCACAGACCAAGAAUGCAGAGCUGGAAAAAGAAGCCCAAAAUAGACUAGCACCUAUUGGAAGGCGUCAGCUGCUGAGGUUCCAGGAAGAUCUCAUCUCCUCAGCCGUGGCUGAGCUGAACUAUGGUCUGUGCUUGAUGACACGAGAAGCUCGGAAUGGUGACGGUGAACCCUAUGAUCCAGAUGUGCUCUACUACAUCUUCCUGUGCAUUCAGAAGUAUCUCUUUGAAAAUGGCCGAGUCGAUGACAUCUUCUCAGAUCUCUACUACAUCCGCUUCACUGAAUGGCUGCAUGAAGUUCUUAAGGACAUACAGCCCCGUGUUUCACCUCUUGGUUACAUCCUCUCCAGUCAUGUAACAGAAGAGAUGCUGUGGGAGUGUAAGCAGCUUGGAGCUCACUCCCCUUCCACCUUGCUCACUACACUGAUGUUUUUUAAUACAAAAUACUUCCUGUUGAAAACAGUAGACCAGCACAUGAAGCUGGCCUUCUCCAAGGUGCUGAGGCAGACCAAGAAGAACCCUUCUAAUCCCAAGGAUAAAAGCACGAGUAUCCGCUACAUGAAGGCUCCAGGCAUGCACCAGACAGGACAGAAAGUUACAGAUGACAUGUAUGCAGAGCAGACCGAGAAUCCAGAGAACCCCCUGAGGUGUCCCAUAAAGCUGUAUGACUUCUACCUCUUCAAAUGCCCCCAGAGUGUGAAAGGCCGGAAUGACACCUUUUACUUGACCCCGGAGCCAGUGGUGGCCCCCAACAGCCCGAUCUGGUAUUCCAUCCAGCCGAUCAGCAGAGAGCAGAUGGAGCAGAUGCUCACCCGCAUCCUGGUGAUACGAGAGAUUCAGGAAGCUCUUGCCGUGGCUAAUGCCAGCACCAUGCACUAAGGCAUCCUUCGUGGCUCAGAUGGGGUGGGGCAGGGUGAUGGGGGAGGGACAAGCAAAGAGAAAUUGUACAGACUUUUACACUAAAGGAGAUGCCUAAGUUUUUGGUUUUUUAUUGGUGUAGUUAUGAAGCCCUUUUAGGCUUCUUCUCUUUAAAAGAAUCUAAAGGAAAACCUACCCAUUGUGUAUCCUACCCAAAACACCAAACUGUUGGAACCAUUGGAGGCUGCAUAUCCCCUGCAAGCUGGGAGCUGUGGAAAGCUGCUGGUUGACUCUGGGUUUUUUUUUUAUGAUGUAGAAAACAUGAACUACAGGAUUGGCCUGGUUGGCUGGGGCCUCUGUCUCCUUGGAGCACGUGCAGCCUAGAGGGCACAGAAUGAUGGAUGGACCUGCUCAGCCAGUGGAGGAGAGGCAGGCAUCUUCUUUUCUUGUGCUUGGACGUUAAUUUGCUGUUAUCUUGGAAGAAAGAGGAGAGAGUGAACUGCAAUUAUGAUUUAUACAAAAAAAAAACAAAACAACAAUUUCUAUUCAGACCUUUAAGUGACAUUUUUAGAUGUUAAAAGUACAAACUUUACCACACUCUUCUUUUUUGGCCUAACAUUGAGGCCUUAAAGCUUGAGGCUUCUGUGCCUGAUGGAAUUCUUGUAACAUACACUUGUGUAUCAUAUAAAGAUACCACCCUGUUUCUCUUAUGUAUUCUUACUCUAGUUGUUUAUUAAGAAUGACGAGCACGUCUUUUCAACA